AUGUGUCAAUAUGAAAACCCUAAAUGUGUAACAUUUACUUGUCUUCAUGAUGAUACUGCACAAUCAAUUUAUACUAUAUUAUGUUUAAAUAUUCCUCAUCACGAUUCAAUAGUUGAAUUUCUUGGUGGUAAAGAAGAACAAGAUUUACAUCAUCUACAUCAAACACUUAUACGAUAUAAAACAGAAAUAUAUAUUCGUAUUGCAAUACUUCCUUCAACUUAUCGAAUUCACUUACAGAAUCUUUUAAAUCGCCUUGUUAGUGUAGAUCAAGAAAAUUAUAAAAUUAACCAUCGAGAAUCUUAUAUAUUUACAAGUCCAACAGACAUUGAAAAUGAUGAUACAAAUCUAUAUUUAUUGUCGAAUAUUAGUCAGAAACAAUCAUUAACAACUAAUGAAGAGGCAUUGUUCAAGAAUAUCAAUGAUAAUGCACCUAUAUCAUCCCAACCAUUAAACGAAUUACGAAAUACAGCAAAUCAUCAACAAAAAUAUCUUGUUGACUUUAUUCAACUUUAUCUAGAUCACUUAUUAAAGCAUUCUAGACGUCCGAUACGAGUAGCAAAACCAAAACCAUUCCAUAUUGUUGUUAAUGGACUAGAUGGAUCUGAUAAAUCUUAUAAAAUUAAUAAACGACUUAAUGAAAUAUUCCAUACAUCAGAUAAAUCCGAUACUUAUUUCGGUGGCAUUCCCGUCAUUGCAUUCGGUGAUAUGGCACAGAUUGAACCGAUUGCUGCUAAACAAAUAUUCUAUCGACCACCAGACGAAUUAUUUUCUCUGUGGCAUGAUUUAUUUCGACCUAUAAAUUUUGAUAUUAAUAUGAGACCAGGAGAUGAUUGA